GCCGGUCGCGGAGGCGCGGGCAGCGUGGGAAUCAGCAGCAGGAUGUGUGACCGGAAUGGCGGGCGUCGGCUCCGGCAGUGGCUGAUUGAGCAGAUUGACAGCAGCCUGUACCCGGGGCUGAUAUGGGAAAGCGACGAGAAGACCAUGUUCCGUAUCCCUUGGAAGCAUGCCGGCAAGCAGGAUUACAAUCAGGAAGUGGAUGCCUCCAUCUUCAAGGCCUGGGCAGUUUUUAAAGGGAAGUUUAAAGAGGGGGACAAAGCUGAGCCAGCCACGUGGAAGACGAGGUUACGCUGUGCUUUGAACAAGAGCCCAGAUUUUGAGGAAGUGACCGAUCGAUCCCAGCUGGACAUUUCCGAGCCAUAUAAAGUUUACCGAAUUGUCCCGGAGGAAGAGCAAAAAUGCAAGCUGGGCGUGGUGCCUGCAGGCUGCAUGAACGAUGUCACGGAGAUGGAGUGUGGUCGCUCUGAAAUCGAUGAGCUAAUCAAGGAGCCUUCUGUGGAUGAGUACAUGGGUCUGACCAAAAGGAGCCCAUCCCCACCAGAGGCUGGCAGGAGCCAGGUCCUUCCUGACUGGUGGGUCCAGCAGCCCAAUGCAGGCCUGCCACUGGUGACCGGGUAUGCUGCCUAUGACACACAUCAUUCAGCCUUCUCCCAGAUGCUGAUCAGCUUCUACUAUGGGGGCAAGCAUGUGGGCCAGGCUACUACCACCUGCCCCGAGGGCUGCCGCCUAUCCCUGAGCCAGCCGGGCCUUCCCAAGAUGUAUGGGCCGGAUGGCCUGGAGCCGGUGUGCUUCCCGACAGCUGACAUCAUCCCCAGUGAGCGGCAGAGGCAGGUGACCCGGAAGUUGUUUGGGCACCUGGAGCGUGGUGUGCUCCUGCACAGCAACCGCAAGGGUGUGUUUGUGAAGCGCCUGUGCCAGGGCCGUGUGUUCUGCAGCGGCAACGCGGUGGUGUCCAAGGGCAGGCCCAACAAGCUGGAGCGGGAUGAGGUGGUGCAGGUCUUUGACACCAACCAGUUCUUCAGAGAACUGCAGCAGUUCUACGCCUCGCAGAGUCGCCUUCCCGACAGCAGGGUGGUGCUGUGCUUUGGGGAGGAGUUUCCGGACACAGCGCCCUUGCGCUCCAAGCUCAUCCUGGUGCAGGUGGAGCAGCUUUAUGCCAGGCAGAUGAUGGAGGAAGCGGGCAAGACCUGUGGUGCUGGUUCCCUGAUGCCAGCCCUGGAGGAGCCCCAGCUAGACCAGACCUUCCGGAUGUUUCCAGAUAUUUGUGCCUCACAUCAGAGACCCUUUUUCAGAGAAAAUCAACAGAUCACUGUCUAAGCCUCUUUCCGGGCAUCCCACCUCGCCCGAGACUCAAGUGUCACGAUUCUUUGAGUGGCAGGAUUAUGAAGGAUGUGAAUCCCCCUGACUAGGGUGGGCAGUGUCCCCCGUGGGGCCUCAAGAAGCCCAGCCAUGGACACGCUCCUGCUCAGGCAGAUGCUGGAAGCUUGCAGAGGCUGUGGCCAGAACCCUGCGAUUAAAACAUUUUUUUAAAUGAGUUUUUUCCUUUACCAUUAAUGGCUAUUCUUUCUGCAUGUUGGAGUACCUUUGACGGUAAAUCAGUCUGCCAACAGAGCCAUCUUUGUCCUCUUCUGACUGAAGGUAGAGAUUUGUGACUUCCUCUGCUUGUUUGUAUACAAUGCAUCUUUUUACUAUUUGGCCCUUUUCUUUUAGUUUUUGGCCAGAAGGCUGAGAAAGUAAGAUGAUACAUUUUUUUUUUUCUCAAAAAGCUUCUGUAAUGAGGUGGUCCCAGGUAACCUCUGUCUCCUGUCUAAAUGGUUUUCAUUUUUAAAACAAUAUUUGUAUUGCAUGACUGCUGUCAAUCACUUUGGACCUUUCCUGUAAAGGGCAGAUUAUAAAUAGGAGUGUAGAUACUGCUUGUGGAAUUUUGGUUGUGGCUCAUCAAUUCCCAUGACUCUGUGUCAGCUGGCGGGGGUUUGCGUGGGGCAUGGUAGGACCAGGAACUGUGGAGAGGACCCGCCCACAGGCAUCUCACCCUUCCAUUGUCCCACUCCACAUAUAGCCCUAAGGCCCAGUGAAAAGCAAUGUCCAAAUUGCACUCUAGGCUUAGAGGUGCCCACCCACAUACCAGAGAAAGGUACAUAUCCUACACAGCACAGGGCAGAAUGCCCAGCUGUAGCAUGCUGAGUAGAAGCCAGGGUGAAAAACUUAGUGCACGGCUCUGUGACAGAGGCCCGUUUGUGCCCUCAAUCUGGCCAUCCAGUCUAGUAUCUAAGUAAUUUAAAUCACUGGCUGUGGGGCCGCAGGACCACCUCCAGGGCCGCUUCCUGUAGGAGUGAGCCACUGCCAAGGAUUUAGUUCAGCUAUCGGUGCACAGCAGGUGCCAAUGCCAAGCUCAUUGGAAGGGAGCAUCCACUCUUGUCUGGAGACAGGAGAGACCUCCUGGAUCUGUUCGCCUUUGUAACCAGCCUGGGUCCCUCUUAAUGUGCUCGGCAUUCCACAGUGAAGGGCAGGAAAAGCUUUACCUGUUGACUGUAGUUCUGAGAAGUGGGGGAAAGUAUGAGGGCUGAGGGGCUCCGCAGGCCACACCUUGCAACCAGAAAAGCCAAAGAACACAGAGAACUUCAUGGCUGUUGUGUGGAGGUGGCAGAAGUGGGCCAGCUCAACAGACACCGUCGCCAGAGUGUGUGCCGCCUGUGAACAGAACCCGGGGCUUGCUUCUCCCCCUCGGCCAAAGCCAGGAACAUCUCUUCUGAAGCCAGGACAGUCUGUCUGCUGGCCACGUGUCACAAUGUGUCACAUGUCACCUCCUGCCUCCGUGAGUGCUAGCACAUGAAUCUGUAAUCCAAAUAUUUAUUUUUGUAUCCAUUGAAAAAGUAUUGCUCUUAUUCUUUAUUAA